GCCUAAAAUGAGUGCAGAAAAUGAAAUUCAGGAGGAGAAAAAUUAUGAAGAGUAAUAUCGAAAUUGGAAGCAGAAUAUUCCUUUUAUGUAUGAAAUUUGUAUCAAUCAUCAAAACAAUUGGCCAUCUUUAACAGUUUGUUGGUUGAACGAACUUGAAAUGUCUAAUCCAUAAUUAUCUUAGUGAUCAAAAUGAAAAUGAAGUACAUAGAUUGAUAGUGGCCACACAGACUAAUAAUCAAGAGUAGGACUAUAUUAAAUUGCUAAAAGUUGCUAUUCCAAAAGAAAUUGAUGACAAACUUGAUAACACUUUGCUUAACAAUAUUUGUACUUAAAUAUCAAUAUUCUUAGGGAAAACUUAAGCAGUUGGAAAAGUCUAAGAAGAAUUGUAAAUCCCAGUAGAAUUUGAAAUAAAUCGAGUAAGAUAAUAACCAAAUAAUUAAUACAUUUUAGCAGCUUAGGCAGGAAAUGGUGAAGUUGGUAUAAAUAUCUAAUCUAUUCUCUUAGGUAUAUAUGAUUUAAGUAAAAAAUCAAAAGUUUAAGUUUUAAAUGGAUAGACUAAAGAAGGUUAUGGAUUAUCAUGGAAUUCAACUAAUUGUGGACAUUUAUUAUCAGCAAGUUAUGAUCAUAAAAUAUAUUAUUGGGAUACAAAUACAGCAGAACUAAUAAAGUCUUACAAUUUUCAUUCAGCUGAAGUUGAAGAUGUGUGUUGGCAUCCACAAAAUCCAAACAUUUUUCUUUCAUGUUCUGAUGAUAAGACAUUUGCUAUGUAAAAUAAUCAUUUUAUUUUAUAGUUGUGAUAUUCGUACUAAUUAAGGAGUUACAAUUUAAUAAGAAGCUCACUCUUAAGAAGUUAAUUGUGCUUAAUUUAAUAAUUUCUAAUCUAAUUUAUUUGCAACAGGAUCUAAUGAUGCUUAAGUUAAAAUGUUUGAUAUGAAUAAACCAGAAGAAGAUAUACAUACUUUCUCAAAUCAUGAAGAUGCUAUAUAUAGUCUUUAAUGGUCACCUCAUUAAAGAAAUCUACUUGCAUCUGGUUCUGUUGAUACUAAAAUUGUCGUCUGGGAUUAUUUCAAAAUUGGUAAUGAAAUUAAAGCUGAAGAUGAAAAAGAUGGCCCAUCAGAAUUAUUGGUAUUUAAUCUCUUAUUAUUAUAGUUUUAUCAUGGAGGACAUACCUCUAAAGUUAAUGAUUUAUCAUGGAAUCUUAAUCAUAGACAUUUAUUAGCAAGUGUAGAAUAAGAGAAAAACAUAUUAUAAAUAUGGAAGAUUUAAUAAUAACUAUGGGAACAGGAUGAAAAUGAUGAAUAUAUUCAAUCUCUAGUUUGA